UUGGGUCAUCCACCGACAAUUCAACCGUCACAACACUCAAAGUCCCAGCGAACAUGCUCCGAUUAGUAGUAUUGGCUACUACCUUGGCCGUUGCCUUGGGUGACUUCGCCCAUCAGCAAGGUCGCCAAGGUCGUCAAUCUGGCGAUGCUUACCAAGGAUCCAUUGACUUCUCUCAAGCUCAAUUCGACGAAGAAUCUGGAAAGCGUUGUGUGAUUAAGGAUGAGGAGGUUCAAUCUAUUGAGAAGGAGCCCAUUCUGGAGUGCAACCACAAAGAUGUGGAGAAGUGCCACUACACCUAUGUGACCGAGUUCAAACCCGCCCAAGAGGAGGUGUGCGAAGAGAAUUUCGAGAAAUCGUGUCAGAUCACUUUCAAGCAACAAGCAGUGGAGGAGAAUGUCAGAAAAUGUUACAAGCCUUUGGAGAAAGUCUGUAACGGUCAAGGUCCUGAGGAGUGCCGUACCGUCUACGAGUCCUCUUGCACCACCAAAUACGUCGAGAAGCAACCGGGCAAGUUCGUGGGUGACACCAAGUGCGAGAAGCUCCCCAUUGAGAUUUGCGGUGCUGGUUGCGUGACUGAGGAGGGUCCCGAGGAAUGCCACGACAAAACAGUCACAUCCCUCCUUGAUGUGCCUGAGGAGGUGUGUGACUUGAACCCGCAGAAGACUUGCCGCUUCCAGACCAAGCUGGUGCCAUCGCUCUCUCCCAAGCAUGAGUGCACCAUCAUUCCUCAGGAGAUCUGCAACUUGAAGUUCACGUCCCCCAAGUUGGUCAACAAGCCCCUCAAGACCAAGUGGUGCUUGGACGAAUCGCCGAUUGUUCCUGAUGAGACUUAUGACGAAUCCAAUGCUGGAGCCGCUCCCAUUGGUGGCAUUGGCAUUCGAGCUCAAGGCUCCAAUAACAUUCCUACGUACGUGGAAAACCCCUUCACCUCAAACCAAUCCCAGCAACAGUAUCAAACCGCCUAGACAUUUCAAAACGAUUGAAAUUUUGGCCGCCGAGAGCAGAAAGUAUUUACUUUCGUCUAACAUCUAUUUAUUUAUUUAUCUAUUUAUUUGCAUUCUAAGUCACCAUUAAAACAAUCCGGAACCCGGG